GCAGGUCAAAGUACAAAUGGUGUCAGAUGUAUCAGAUGGCAACCGAAAUCUAGUUUAUGGAGCAAAUGCUGGCAGUUUAAAGCCUGAAACGCGUCUUGGGAAAGUCUUGAGCAGGCGGUGUGAAACCUAGAAAGGCGUCCAGUUACCCCUAAAAAUAGCAAAUCCUGAAACUGUGGCUAGCAGUUUGCUUUCACACAGAGGGGGGCUCAGAGCUCAAGUCCGCCAGGUGAUGAGCGCAAAGGGGUUUCAUACGCGAUUCUGUGAACACCGGACUGACGAAGACGACAGCAGUUCAAAGCUAUAAUGGUGUUCACGCUGACGACGUGAGGAAAACGUUUUGUAGCAGACAGUCUCCUUCAGCGACCGCCGUUAGCAGUCUGAGCAGAAGAGAACCUCCGGCUUCUGUCUUUGCUGUGUGAACAGAGCAUCCAGGGGACUUCACAGCAGAGCCCUUAUCUCAUCACCCGGUACCUCUGUUUUGGAUUUGGCACGGACCUCGUAGGAGAAAUCAGUGGGCACGCGACGGGGGGGAUUUCGAUUCCAGCCUAAAUCGGGAAUUACGCGUCCAAACUGGGAUCUAUGAGCGGGAAAGUGGCGAAGCCUAAAGAAGAAAAGGAUGCUUCCAAGGUCCAGGAUGACGCUGCCCCAGGUACCCAGGAGUACAUUAUGUUGCGGCAGGAUUCCAUCCAUUCAGCGGAUAUAAGGAGUAAAGGCUCCCCCUUUCGUGCUAAGUGUCACGAAAUCUUCUGCUGCCCGCUGAAGCAAGCCGUCCUCAAAGAGAGCUCAGAGCCCGAAGAGCCCCAGCUGAAGGGGAUCGUGACGAAGCUGUACAGUCGGCAGGGCUUCCAUUUGCAGCUCCAAGCAGAUGGAACCAUUGACGGAACGAAAGAGGAGGACAGUGGUUUCACCAUGUUCAACCUCAUCCCUGUGGGUCUGCGAGUGGUAGCCAUUCAGGGCGUCCAGACCAAACUCUACCUGGCCAUGAACAGUGAGGGCUACCUGUACACAUCAGAACAUUUCACACCAGAGUGCAAGUUUAAGGAGUCGGUGUUUGAGAACUACUACGUGACGUACUCCUCCAUGAUCUACAGACAGCAGCAGUCGGGCAGGGGCUGGUACCUGGGCCUGAACAAGGAGGGAGAGAUUAUGAAGGGAAACCACGUGAAGAAGAACAAGCCUGCUGCACACUUCCUACCCAAGCCUUUGAAAGUGACCAUGUACCGGGAGCCCUCUCUACAUGACCUGACUGAGUUUUCGCGCUCCGGCAGCGGUACGCCCACCAAGAGCCGGAGUGCCUCAGCCGUCCUCAACGGAGGCAAAGCUGUGAGUCAGAACGAGUCCACGUAGCCCAGCUCGCCCGGCCCGGCCCGCUUUACCCUACGCCUUCACCAAAACCUCCGGACGCUCGUGACUUCACGCAGACUUCUCUCCAAAAAAAAAAGAAAACAAAAAUAAACAUAAAAAAAUAAGAAAAGGAAAAAAAACUCUCAGUGGUUCAGGACAAAGACAACCAACAUUACAUAGCAACAUCAGACCUUUUCUGAAUCUAGAGUACCGCUCUGUUUUGAGUUGGAUCGCUGUAGGUUUUAGACUUUUACUUUUACACCACGGUAAGGUGAAAUGAAAACUGUAGCCUUUGAUAUGACUGGGCAUUCAGCAUAGUCCCUCUCAGGUUGGUAUUAGCACGCCACACCGAGUUGGGUUUCUUUUGAUUUCAUUAAGGAUCACGGGCCGACACUAGGUCCCCAUGCAUUUGUUAGGAGAUGAGAGCAGUGAGUGAAGGUUUAGCUGCUUGGGUGCGAGGAUAAAGAGGCACCCCUGUCCUCCAUGCUUCCCCAGUGUGAAGCCCCCCCGUUGCGAGGGGCAGGCGCUAGCCGCUAGCUCUCCUGCAUUUUAGUGCACUUGCUCAGAGGGGUUAACCCUCUCCAGCAUGGAAAUAUUAAAGCCUGCAUUGUGCCCACUUCAAGGGAAGGCACGGCCUCGCGAAUUUAGCAUCAAGAGGUAUGCAGCGUGACCCUGCUUUGCUAAUUGUUUGAAUUAGCCCUGAGCAUUUAUUACUUUUUGGCCCUUUGUUUCCCUCGCCACGCUGCAAAAAAUUACAAGCAAUUAAAAUCAUCUUAAAUGUAGUCAAUAUAGCUAAAGUGUCUUAUUAUAAGGUUGUUGUAAGAACAUUGAGAUUAUUUAACUUAUUUCUAAACAUUUAGUCAUUUAUCUAGCAAAAUUAAGAUAAUUCAACCUUCUUCAACCGUUAUCUAUCAGGGUUGGGUUUCCUGUAAGCAUCUUAGUAUGAAGAUUAUCCUUAAAUGGUAGAAUGAGAUUCACACCGAAUACUCUCUCCUGGUUAAGUUGAUCAUAACACUAAGAUGCUUUUGGGAAACUGGGCUCAGGGCGGGAUUUAGGGUUAAUUUUACAAGAUAAACUUACAUAAAACAAGUAAAAGUAUCUAAGAAAUAGGUUUGAUAAUCUUAUAAUACUUGCACUACAAUCUCUUAAUGAGAAAUAUUGCAUAUAUUGACUAGAUAUAAGAUUUUUUUACUCGACAAGAUGUCAUUUUUUGUAGUGCACCCCACCCCAACAUUCAGUGUUUUUUUGAGGCUUAAUCAGUGAAUGGAGAUUCCAGCACACCAAAGACAAAAGUGUAAGAGAGUCCCUUUAAACGGUCGAUCCACGCCAGUAUACAUAGGCAUGCCAGGGAGUGAUGAACUGUAAUGCUUGUUGUGUAGGCCUACUUGUUUGCAGAGAAAGAGGUUGGAGGUGGGCUGCUGGCUGUGCGGAGGAGAGGGCUCAGUAUUUUGGAGAUGUGCUUUUGCUGAUGUGCGUGGUACGAGAGGACUGUUACGUGUUUCCCUUCUUGUCUCCUUUGGGUCACAUUGUCUCUGUCUAAGCCCCUAUAGCCUGUCUGAGUGCUCGUCUUCUGCCUCACCCGCUCAUGACUAUUCUGUCCUUCAGCUGAAGCUGGUCACUGUUACCAGGUGACCACCAGGACAAGGCGGGACCCCAACCCCUCCCCAACCCUGGACUCCAUUUCGUGUAUGAGUAACUUAUUGUGACGAUUUUCUAUAAAAAAAUAAAUAAAUAUGAAAAAAAAAAUACUGUGGAAUUUUAGGUGGCUUAACAUUUUAUAGGAUAUGUCUUAUUUGUAAAAGUGAAAAAAAAAUCUUGAAAAUGGAGAAAAAAAAAACAAAAAAAAUAACCUCUCUUGUACAGAGCAUGUACAAAAUCAAGUUGUGUACAACGAGGACCCUUUUUUGUGGGCUACUGUAUGUACUCUUUCCCUCUGGAAAUAUAAUUUCUUCAUAAUUGCUACAGGGGGGGCUUUUCUCUUGGCUGUUUCCUUCUGGGCUUUUCUUUUUUUUUUUUUUUUUUUAUUUUUUGUUUUGAUCUCAACAUAUCUGUUGCAUGGGAGACAGCAGGAACUGGAGGAAUAGAGCUGCAUGAUGUAGGCUAUGUGUAUUAACCCCAUGUUGGAUCAUGUGUUCCAAACUACCAGGAAUAAACCGGAAAACAACACGUACUGAUGGGCGCUCUGCCUGGUACCUUCCAGUUGUUUCUUAUUUGUUGUAUACACAAAAUGCACUGAAUAAAAUGUUUAUAUUAAGCUAUACUUUUAAAA